GGGGAGUUUUAGAAGUUUAGGAUGCUGGCAGUGUUUGCAUGAAUUCUGGAUUUGGCAUUUCAUUUUGUUAAUUUUUGUUGAAAAGUUAUGAAAAAUUUUUUUAUCAAUAUAGUUUGCCCUUUGUAUUGGUACUUUGUUGCAACAUUUAUAAAGUUGCAAAGCCACUCAACAACUGACACAUCAGUGGUUUAAACAUUCAGUGAUAAUUUUAUCACUGUAAGUAGGGGGCAUGUGAACCUUGGACUUGAGACUUGAUACAGCAGUGUGGUUUUGUUUUAAAGAGGAAAUUUAAUACAUUCUUGUGUGUUAACUACACAUUUACAACAUGGCAGCAGAAUACAGUUAUAUAGUGUAUAUUUACUUCUUAUUUGCUAUUUUAGCAUUACAAGGUGAAUGUGUUCACUAUGAACUUGGGAAGACAUACAAGUACACCUAUGAAACUAAGGUGUUGUUUAAUGAUGAUUCACCUAAAAAGGAGACAAGGGCAUAUCAGGAUGUUGGCCUGAGAGUUCGACUCGAGUUUGAUUUCACCCCGAUGUUUGAGGAUAAAGAAUCGCAGAUGGUUAGACUACAGGUCAGUCAAGCUGCUCUCACAAGUCUUCAUCGAGGUGGAAUGGAGGGGCAGCUUUUAGACAUGGUGAAGUUUCCUGUUUACUUUGAGUACAUGGAUGGAACUGUGGGUAGAGUGUAUGUUAUAGAAAAUGACUCCAUAUUCUGUACCAACAUCAAGAAAGGUCUCAUUUCCAUGUUCCAAGUUCAGUCCGAGCCUGGAGAGAGGUCUGAGCUGGAUGUAUCCGGAGAGUGUAAAACUGUCUACGAGAUUUCUGGCCCAACAAUUGUGAAACAGAAGUUUGAGUGUGAAAACCUGGAGAUUGCAGGACAGCAUAAAAAUGAAAAUGAGGUGUUUGGUGUAUCUUCAAGCAGCAGUAGGACAUGGACAUAUCAGCUGGAAAAUAAUGUUGUACAUAGCAUGAUGGGAUCUAACAGACAUGUAGCAUCAAUUAAUAUUAAAUCUACACUCAAUGCUAUGGUGUUAGCUGUACAGAAGUUGACAUUAUUAAGUACAGAGCCAGCAGCUGAUACUGAUAAACUCCCUGUUGAAGAUUUCGAGUCGGCAGCACAAUUCAUUAAAGAUGGCUCCAAUUAUCCAGUGGUGGAAACGUUACUUCCAAGCGCUCCAGAAAUUCAACAUUGUACACGUAAUACAUGCCAGAAGCCACAAGAUGUGAUUACAAAAGUGAAAGACAGCUUGGUUAGUGAGAAAGUAGGCACUGCUGAGUCAGGAAAAGCAUUUUUAGAACUCCUGAAAGCUUUUAGAACUUCAGGGAAAGAAAAGAUAUCAGAAGCGAUGACUGGUCCAGAUAGCACAUAUACUGUACCACAGUUGUUGGAUAUUGGUGCAGCAACACAGACGCCGUCUGCCCAGAAAGCCAUGAUGGAGUUACUGAACUUUGAAGAGACAAAGAAUUUAGCGUAUCCCCUGAGAUACCUGCUGGGUGCUGCAUAUACAACUCAUCCUGGGGAAUACCUUGUUAAAGAUCUUCUAAAACUAUUUAAGCAACAGCUUCCUAGUCCAGAUGUGAGAGAAGCUGUGGCUCUAGCACUUGGAGCUGUGGUAUAUAAUUUCUGUCAGGAUCCAGAACAAUGUCAGUUUGAGAUUAUUAAAGAUUAUAAGAAAUCUAUCUUGGAUUUCUUCACUCAAUGUCCAGAAGAGAAGUGUCAUUUGUUGUAUGUACGUUCAAUGGGCAACUCGGGUCUGCCUGACUUUAAAGAGAAAAUAUUCGAAACUAUUUCAAACAAGGACAGCAGUUCAAUGCUAGGUUUUACAGCAGUUCAAGCUUUGAGGAGAAUUUCUUCCCAGUACAUUGAGGAAAAGGAUAUAAAGUCUUUACUGAAGAUUUAUCAUCAAACGGAAAGAACCUACGAUACUUCUGUCAGAGCUGCUUCAGUGGAAUUGUUGCUUAGCCUCCGACCUUCAACUUCAAUUGUUCGUAAUCUGAUGUUGGCAGCACAAGGAGACCAGAUUAAUUUUGAGUUAUCUACAUUUAUACUCAGAAAAAUUGUCGAUAUUGCCAAAUAUAGUCCUGAGCUCAGGAACACAACCAGGGAAAUCUUGAAGGAUACAGCUAUAAAUAACUACAAUAUCUGGGCCCAGAAAGGAAAGUCAAGUGCCUUUAGCAGCUUAUUAGCAGAAACCCAGGAUGCCAAUGCAACUUAUGGUUUAUAUAUGGAGAUGGCAAGGUCCAAGGUACUGAAGAAGAGUGCCAUGGAUAUCAACAUUGUUAACAAUGAUGCUGUACAGAAAAUACUUAGUUUUGGUAUUUAUGCUUCUGGGUUGGAGUCCUUGCUAGGCGAGGAGCCAGACCCAGAUGCUGGAGAUGAGGAGGCCACUGCGGGGCUAGGACUUAAGAUCCUUGAUGUUGCCUUGCCAUCUGUGGAGUUUUUCCGAGGCUCGGGUGGUCUUAUGUCCGCUGUAUGGAAUGCUCCAUCUGAUCCUGUUACUGCAUUACAGAUGAGUUUCCUUCUGCAGGAUCAUAGUGAAAGAUUUCAUCUAGCUAACGGUCUUGUUGUAGACUUACAAGUUCUUGGUGUUGCUUCCAUAGACUUAACAGGGAUGGUUAGCAUUAGUCUCUGGAAUAGAAAUUCUGAAUCUCUUAUAAGAAAUAGUGGAGCCUUGGUGAUAGAAGGAGGAAUGCGGCUGGCAUCAGAGAUGGGUAGAGCUGGAGUAGUUUUUACAGCUGAAGGGGAAGCAUUUAUAGAUUUUGAAACUGACGUAGAUUUCUACCAGUCCCCAUUUAAAAUGUGUAUGCAGAUGAAACGUCCAAAAGCAGCAUUUAAACAUACAGUAGACAAAUAUGAGAAAGCAACAAGAUUUGACAGAAGUUUCAAGUCAAAAGUUAGCAAAUUAACAUAUAUAGAAGGCCUGUCAUAUUUCCUUAGUCAAAAGAAUUCGGAAGAAUGCAAAGCAUUGCUCUCCAACAAAUAAUUUUGUUUGAGGAUACCUUGUCAUUCCAAAAACUAGUGCCUCAUCGAACAGUUUCAUAUAUUUGAUAUGUCUACACACUUCUUCACAAAAACUAGAGCCUUCAUUAUGCAUUACAGACUUGGUGCUACAUGUAUAAACUUUUUUUAUCUUAAAUAAUCAUGCUUGAAUUGUUACAGAACAAAAAUUUGUGAUCUUAUUUCUGUCCAAAUACAAUUACAGACAUUAAUCUUGCAUAAAACAAUUACAAAAAAAUGCUGCCACCUUUGAUACUCACAUUAGUAAAGCUCUGCUAUUGAAUGAUACAAAAUCUAGGCUUGUAUUCACUAAAGAGUCAAAUUUCCUAUCUCUAUAUAUAUAGCUAUUUUAGCUGAAACUUUGCAUAACGUUUUGCUGUAGCAUAUACUUCGUUCAUGCUAAAUUUCAUGGACAUCCGUUUAAAACAGUAAUUUUAUGCAUUUCAAAGUGAAAGCCUAAGUUCCAGACUUAAAUGUUGAUGAAUAUGGGCUGUGACUUAUUCAGAAGAAAAAUGAUUGAAAUUCAUAAUCUUCGUGCAUACAGUUUGAUACAAAAAUGAAACCAGGACAUGCAGGAAUUGCAGAGGAAUAACCAUGCAGAUUCUAUUCUUAAAUUCUCUGGCUUUAAGUGCACAAGUUUAUUACCAGUAUUACAUUGACGUAUUACAUUGAUGCCUUUCAUGUUAUUUAUUCCAUGACACAUAGAUUGAUCUCAUUCAGAUUCAUCGAAGACCUGCAUUAAUGAUUGGCUUACAGCCUUUAAUUCAGUGUGAUUAUCCUGUCAAUUGUUCUGUUUUGUACAAUGAAAUUACCUAGUCACAAUAUAGUCCUUUUUAGUCUGUUGAUACUUUAACCUUUAGCAUGCUAGAUAAAUUGUCGUCUGCUGGAAAUGUCGUCUGCUAAAAUUGUAAAGUUCAUUCAAUUUGCUCCAAAAUUGGAAGAAAUAUUGUCAGAGUAGCAAACAGCUUGGAACCUGAUCAGACGCCGAUUUAAUCGGCGUCUGAUCUGGUUCCAAGCUGUUUGCAAAGGCUGUUAAAUUCGCCUGCAGCAGGCUAAGGGUUAAUAAUGUAUGUUGAAAUGCCAUGUAUUGUUUAUUAAGUUAGGUGGGAUUAUGAAAGUGAUAUCAUAAAAAUCAUGUUUACAAUUGUAACCAUGUUUACCAAUAUCAAAGAAGUCAUUGCCAUAAAUUGUUCAGUUAAAAAAUGUUGUGUAUUUUGAAAUUUGGUGCUUUUGCAGUGCAAUAAAAAUUUAAGCAUUAAUUUUGUUAAUCAAUGUUUAUACUUGGGCUGUUUAUGCUACAUUUUGUUUUUCAAGUGUUAAAGUUCAGAAAUGACAACCACUACAUGUUUACUAGUGUUCAACUCAUCAUUGUCAUGGAUUGUUUUAGUACAGUAUUUUUAGCUCACCUGUCACAAAGUGACAAGGUGAGCUUUUGUGAUCGCGCAGCGUCCGUCGUCCGUGCGUGCGUCCGUCCGUGCGUGCGUGCGUAAACUUUUGCUUGUGACCACUCUAGAGGUCACGUUUUUCAUGGGAUCUUUAUGAAAAUUGGUCAGAAUGUUCCCCUUGAUGAUAUCUAGGUCAAGUUCGAAACUGGGUCACGUGCAGUCAAAAACUAGGUCAUUAGGUCUAAAAAUAGAAAAACCUUGUGACCUCUCUAGAGGCCAUAUAUUUCACAAGAUCUUCACGAAAAUUGGUCAGAAUGUUCACCUUGAUGAUAUCUAGGUCAAGUUCGAAACUGGGUCACGUGGGGUCAAAAACUAGGUCAUUAGGUUUAAAAAUAGAAAAACCUUGUGACCUCUCUAGAGGCCAUAUUUCUCAAUGGAUCUUCAUGAAAAUUGGUCAGAAUGUUCACCUUGAUGAUAUCUAGGUCAAGUUCGAAACUGGGUCACGUGGGGUUAAAAACUAGGUCAGUAGAUCUAAAAAUAGAAAAACCUUGUGACCUCUCUAGAGGCCAUAUUUCUCAAUGGAUCUUCAUGAAAAUUGGUCAGAAUGUUCACCUUGAUGAUAUCUAGGUCAAGUUCGAAACUGGGUCACGUGGGGUUAAAAACUAGGUCAGUAGAUCUAAAAAUAGAAAAACCUUGUGACCUCUCUAGAGGCCAUAUUUUUCAUGAGAUCUUCAUGAAUAUUGGUCAGAAUGUUCACCUUGAUGAUAUCUAGGUCAAGUUCGAAACUGGGUCACGUGGGGUCAAAAACAAGGCCAGUAGGUCUAAAAAUAGAAAAACCUUGUGACCUCUCUAGAGGCCAUAUUUCUCAAUGGAUCUUCAUGAAAAUUGGUGAGAAUGUUCAGCUUGAUGAUAUCUAGGUCAGGUUCGAAAUUGGGUCAUGUGCGGUCAAAAACUAGAUCAGUAGGUCGAAAAAUAGAAAAACCUUGUGACCUCUCUAGAGGCCAUAUUUUUCACGGGAUCUUCAUGAAAAUUGGUGAGAAUGUUCACCUUGAUGAUAUCUAGGUCAAGUUUAUAAGUGGGUCACGUGCCUUCAAAAACUAGGUCAUUAGGUCAAAUAAUAGAAAAACCUUGUGACCUCUCUAGAGGCCAUAUUUUUCAAUGAAUCUUCAUGAAAAUUGGUCAGAAUUUUUUAUCUUGAUGAUAUCUAGGUCACAUGUGCUCAAAAACUAGGUCACUAUGUCAAAUAAUAGAAAUAACGACGUCAUACUCAGUUCAACACUGGGUCAUAUGGGGAUAGGUGAGCGAUUCAGGACCAUCAUGGUCCUCUUGUUUAUUUGUUCAUGUUCAGUGCAAUCAAGUUUUAUACAAAUACUCUAGCUAAAAUUUAGCCUUGUACUAAAACAAGAGCUAAACUUCCUUUUUUACUGUCUCAUUGUUAAAAAUUUAGAAUAAUUUACAGUACACAGUGACUGUCAUGCUAUUCAAAUAUGUCAUAUUGCUGUCUGUCAUUAUGAAAAAAACACACCACAUUUUGUCUUUUUGAUGUUUAAAUGCAGUUAAUAUUGUGUAGUAGGUUGUUUAAUUCUUGCCUAUCUAAAACAGGGAAAGACAGUGACUCCCCUGUAGUAGAACAUGUUAUUGUUUCCCAAGGCACACAUGCACAUUGUCACAAUAUAAUUAUGACAUCAUAAACUACAAUGCAAAAUUUUAUAAUUUACAAGUUUUGCAUUGCAGGCCCAGAUCCAGGGCUGGGCCGAAGGGCAAAUAUUUCUGGAUCCGGGCCUAGAUUUUCAUUCUGGUUUGUCCCUACGGUUGGGAAAACCUUGUCUUUCACAGACAGACAUGUAAGAUCCUUGUAAUAUUUAUGAAUUCAGAUUUCUAAAAAGAAUUUACAUAAAAUUAUAUCAUUCUGUCAUGUGAAUGAAUAUGCAAGUAUUUAUUUUUUGUUGUAACUGUAAUAUCUUACUUUUGCUCAAUGAAGAAGUAAUUUUAAUCAAACAUUGCAAGAUAAUCAUAUCAGGUGUUGUUUUUUUAUGCCCCCGAAGGGAGGCAUAUAGUUUUUGAACCGUCUGUCAGUCUGUCCGUCUGUCAGUCUGUCUGCAAUUUUCGGGUACGGUCCAUAUUUUUGUCAUCGAUUGGUGGAUUUUCAAAUAACUUGGCAUGAAUGUGUACCACAGUAAGACGACGUGUCGAGCGCAAGACCCAGGUCCGUAGCUCAAAGGUCAAGGUCACACUUAGACGUUAAAGGUCAUUUUUGGUGAUAGUGCAUUCGUGUCAGGUCCAUAUCUUUGUCAUCCAUGGAUGGAUUUUCAAAUAACUUGGCAUGAAUGUGUACCACAGUAAGACGAUGUGUCGCGUGCAAGACACAGGUCCGUAGCUCAAAGGUCAAGGUCACACUUAGACGUUAAAGGUCAUAUUUCAUGAUAGUGCAUUGAUGGGCGUGUCUGGUCCAUAUUUUUGUCAUUCAUGCAUGGAUUUUAAAAUUAUUGGGCAUGAAUAUGUACCACAGUAAGACAACGUGUCGCGCGCAAGACGCAGGUCCGUAGGUCAAAGGUCCUAAACUCUAACUUCGGCCAUAACUAUUCAUUCAAAGUGCCAUCGGGGGCAUGUGUCAUCCUAUGGAGACAGCUCUUGUUUAAAUGUUAGUACUGUAUAAUUAGAAAUUCUCACAAGGGAUUUAUUUUUGCUAUAUUCACUGUUUUUAGCAAAAAUUUAUUCUGAAGUUGUUUUUAUUUUUAUAUAAAAUUAAUAGUCACAGACUGGCAAUUAAUAUAUCACAAAUAUUCUUUGGAUGAAUUUCUAAUUUUGAAAAUAGCAAAUUUUUAAUCUCGUGGAAAUAUUUAUUGUUAGAGUACUUGAUGUGCCAAACAUGUUAUGCAGGUGCAGGAAAUACAUACACUGUUGUAUUUUUAGAUGAAUCAUACUCCAGUUGCACCUUUGUUGAAAUGUUGAUAUUUUGGUACUUUACAUGUACAGUUCUACGUUUUUUGUGCAAUUUCCCUUGUCAGUAAAUGUGCCAAGAUUGUAUUUUUAGACUUUGUAAAAUCUUAGAUUUUUUUUCAGACUUUUAUUGGAUACGUCUGUUCAGAAUUUCUUUGGAAAUCCAGCAAGAUACAUUCAGAAAUUUGAACAUUUCAUGGUGUGUUUUGAAGCAAAAAUAGUUUUGCAUUAAAUUAUCAAUACAUUUAUGAAGAAAGUCUUCAUUCACACUGUUUUGUGGAAAAUAAAUAAAUUCAUAUAUAUUUUUGAAAGUA